AUGCGCAUCGUUAGCCGGAGUCAGAGCUUGGGGCUCUGUAGGACCUUCUCAGGAAGUCGAUGGUUGAAUAGCCGGUGCUAUGCGACGCGCUCGUUCGACCCGCUCCGUAUCCUUUUUUGCGGCUCCGACGAUUUCAGUAUUGCUUCCCUCAAAGCGCUUCAUGAGUACAAACUGAAAUAUCCUACGCAAAUAUCGUCCAUAGAUGUUGUCUGUCGGCCGGGAAAGCGAGUGGGAAGGGGGCUGAAGAAGAUUCGCGAAAUGCCGAUCAAGGAGGCCGCUUCUGCGCUUUCCCUUCCAAUCCAUGAGAUUGACACAUUCAGAGGGUGGACGCCUCCAGAGACACCGUACGGCCCGAUCAAUCUCAUCAUUGCGGUGUCAUUUGGACUUUUUGUCCCUCCGCGACUCCUCAAUGCCUCCAAAUACGGAGGCUUGAACGUGCAUCCAUCAUUGCUUCCGGACUUCCGUGGUCCCGCACCCAUACAUCACACACUCUUGGCCGGAAGAACCAAGACCGGUGUAACACUUCAGACGCUAGAUCAUAAAAGCUUUGAUCACGGCACAAUUCUAGCUCAAACACCGGACCCUGGCUUUGAUAUACCCAAUUCUGACACUUGUACUGUGCCUGAGUUGACGAGCUUAGUCUCAGCCAAAGGUGCACAGCUGCUCUUCGACGGUAUACAGCAAGGUCUCUUCGUGCCUCCAGUUAAGGAUGCUGGAUGGGCCAAGGAAAGUGAGACCCGGAGUUUUAUCCAUGCAGCCAAGAUUCAGCCCGAAGAUCGCCAUAUCAAUUGGGAGGGCUGGACGUCCGUUGAUCUUAACCGACGCAAUCGCGUUCUCGGGAAUCUAUGGAGUAGGGCAUUAGUGGCGAGCAAGUCCGCAGAGGAGCCUGUUGUAUACCAGCAGAAGCGAGUCAUCCUGACCGAUGUUGAGCAAGUCGAACCUCCGAAAGGCUCAGAGAUCUUCGCCAUCGUACCGGGGCUGCCGUUUGCCAAUGCCACGUGCCCUGUUGAACCCAGAAAAAGCAGGUCCCUCUUUGUGUUCACUAAAGACGGCAAAGCGCUUUUGAUCAAAAGUCUGAAGGUAGAAGGGGAACCUGUUGCAGAAGGCCUUCGUGCCGCGGUCAAGGCUCGCAUGUUCGGGAACCGCUCGAUUACGUCUGAAGGGUUCGAGUUCACCCCGUUUCGCAACCCCUUGGUAUGA